GCAAAGAAAUUCGCAUCAGCAUCUCAGCUGCAUCAGCCGCAAUGCAACUCUGCCAAGAUUUUAAUAAACACAAUGAAUAGCUGAGCCUUAGUAUAGGCUGAAAAUUAAUCGCGAAUAUCAAAGCAAUCAGUCAGUGUUUGUCGGCGCAAGCGAGUGAAAGCUGCAUUCUCCCAUAAAAUAUUGUUAUUUUUUAUUUAACUAAAUAUGUCCAGUGCUGAAAAGAAUUUACAAAAAGUGGCUCUUGUCACUGGUGCAUCAGCUGGUAUCGGUGCACAAAUUGCGCUUCAAUUGGCCAAUAACGGAAUAACUGUAAUCGGAAUGGCAAGGAGAACGGAACUAAUUGAAAACUUGAAUAAAGAAGUAACAGGUCUGGGCAAAAUUCAUGCUCGCCACUGUGACCUUAGCAGCGAGGAAAGCAUUACAGCUGCCUUUCAAUAUGUAAACGAAACCUUUCCGCCCUUAACAAUUCUCGUUUGCAAUGCUGGGAUGUUGAAAGCGAAUUUCAUUUCAGAAUCCACCGGUAAAGAUAUAAAGGAUUUAUUCGAUCUAAAUGUGGUGGCCACUUCUAUUUGCCUACGAGAAGGUUUGAAAUUGAUGCGCACUAAUAAAAGCCAAGGUCACAUCAUUGUCAUGAACAGUAUUCUUGGUCAUCGCAUACCAGAAGUGCCGGUGCCAUUAUUUAGCGUUUAUCCCGCAACGAAACAUGCAUUAACCGCACUCUGUCAAACAGUACGUCAGGAGAUACAUUUUCUCAAGUUAAACAUUAAAUUAACGAGCAUCAGUCCUGGUAUGGUGGAUACAGAUUUUUUGAGCGUUUAUUCUCGUGCUGUUGCUGAGUUGCCAAAACUUCAGGCCAGCGAUGUAGCAAAAGCCGUAAUGUACGCAUUGGAAACACCGGAUUAUGUUCAGGUGGAAGAAAUCAUUCUGCAAGCUAUGAGACGCUUUGAUAUAUAAUACGCAUCCACUUUCAUUACAAAUUUUUACCUUUACUUAAUUAAUAAAAAAAGAUUGUUAAUAAAAAAUCAUACACC